AUGUCGCUCGCUCAGCAUGUAACUCAAGUUGACGGCUUUGACUACGAAUGCCCUGCGAAUCCAAGCAGUAAUGGGAACCUCAACGGCAACGAUAGCACAGCCAACGAGCAGUGUUUGGGUGUUGGAGAAGACGCCGACAGAUCGGAGUGGCGACACAUGAGCUUUGCGCCAGUUGAGAUUGCCCAGGACGAAACUCACAUCGCGGCAUACAAAGUCUCGAAUUCCAAGCGAUACGCUCAGGCGGCGACGGCCGUAAUAGCCUGCUGGCUUGCAUCUGGCAUCGUAUUUGGCUUCGCGGCUCUCAAAUCAGUCUUGAUCGCUGAAGGUGUAUAUCAUGAACUCUGCCGGAACGACGAGACGACGGGAUUUGACGAUGAGUCGAGUCUUGACGUUCCCUGCGCCGAGCAAGAUAUGCGCCUGAACCUCUUCUUCAUCUCUGCCUCAAUUACCACUAACAUAUCAUCUCUUUUCGCCGGAACUGCCCUCGAUCGGUUCGGGAGACGCGCAUGCUGGAGAGCAUCGUGUGUCUUUCUAGUCGUCGGCCCCCUACUGAUGGGAUCUUCCUUCGCCAUCCCGGAAUUCGAUGGUUACCUUCUGGGCAAUGUCUUCCUAGCUCUUGGGGGGACUUUCCUCUUUGUCCCUAGCUUUCAACUUGCCAAUGUGUUCCCCAAGCAUUCGGGGCUGGUGGUUGCCCUCAUCACUGGAGCUUUUGAUGCCUCCGCAGCCGUUUUUCUCUUCUAUCGCAUGGCUUACGAUGCGUCUGGUGGCAAGUUCUCACUGGAGAAAUUCUUCUUUGGCUACCUUAUCGUUCCGGUGCUAAUAUUUUUUGCCGAAAUCUUUUUGAUGCCAUCUCAUGCAUACCACACCAUGCCAGAGCUUAAGAGGAAGAUUGAAAAGGUCCAAGACCGUACUCGCGAUGUCCACGACUCGGAUGAAGAUAUCUCGGACGCGGGAGAGUUGAUGCGAGUGCGGAGUGCUCGUGCCAAUAAACGCAAAGCUAAGCUUGAGAAGAUCGAAGAACUUGCCGGUAGUAACGAGCACCGAGAAGAGCGCAUCAAGAUUGAGGAGGAGCGCCAGGAGGCGAGCGGUGUCUGGGGGGUUCUCCACGGUGUCCCAGCCCACCAACAGAUGCUCUCGCCCUGGUUCAUUCUCAUCUUAUUGUUGACCGUGUUUCAGAUUCUUCGGAUGAACUACUUCAUUGCAUCCAUUAGAGCACAGUACAGAUAUAUGUUGGAGUCAGAGAUUGCAGCUGGGGAGAUCAAUGAGUUCUUUGAUGUAGCCCUGCCCUUGGGAGGUGUCGCUUCCACCCCUUUCAUCGGACUGCUACUCAAUAACCUGAGUGUGCCUCCCACGUUUGGAGUCUUGACGCUGUUCAUCACCGUUAUUGGAACUCUAAACUGCUUGCCUUUUCUUUGGGCAGGAUAUGCCACCGUCGUGGCAUUCGUCCUUUUCCGUCCCCUCUACUACUCUGCAAUCUCCGAUUACGCCACGAAGGUUUUUGGCUUUGCUACCUUCGGUCGCAUAUACGGGACCAUCGUCUGUCUCUCUGGAAUGGUCAAUUUCGUCCAGUCAGGCCUUGAUGCCCUUACCCAUGGGCCUCUACAUGGGAACCCCACUCCCAUCAACGCUACGUUGGGGGCUCUCGGAGGAAUCAUUGGCGUGACUCUGACCAUAUUUGUUAGGAUUCGAGGCAGGGUAUUCGUGGACGAGAAGGCCGAGUUGGAUGCCGGUCAAGAAAGACAACGUCUCUUGUUUGAUGCCCACGAGGGCUACGGCGCGAGGAAUUGA